AUUAUUCAGGUAGGUGGUAUGGUUUCAAAUGGUGAAGAACCUGAAUGAAGUUUAGAACCGGCCCUACCUAUUCUUCAUCGCAAAUAAAUCUAAGCAGUUUCGACUAAAUAAUCGAUUCUAAUCAAUCCUUACCAAGUUAUUAUAAGCUGUGACUAUCGAGUUUAUGCUGAUGCCUUGUCGGUCAUUUGACAAUGGGAGUGAAGAUGUAGUGGUACACCGUCAUCACGGAGCAGGAGUUGAUGACGACAACUCCGGAGAAGAUGUUUGGAGUGAUGAGGAUAAUGUUGAGGAGGAUCAGUAUACGCAGCUUGCUGACUUUACUGGAGACACUGGCAUUUUCAGCAGUGACGAGGAAGAAGAAGAAGAAGACUCUUUUAAACUAGACUCCCAACUUGAUACCGCUAGUCAUGCCAUUUCAUCUUCAUUAGACAUUGACGCUAGGAUUGAACAAGCCCUCACUUUACCUGAUAUUGAUGUGAACAGAGGACCCGGCUUCCCUGAAGUUCCCCCAUUGAAUCUGAACUUUAAUCCUUCACAAAGAUCAGAAGAUGCGAGGCGAGCUAACUUGGCGCUCUCAGAAACAGAUGAGAACUUUAUAAGGGACAGUAUGAGUUGCAUGAGCAUAGCGCCCCCACCUUGGGCAGGGGCCAUUGAUGAGACUAACUGGAAAGAUGAAUUAAGAAAACACUUAGCCAAAGAUUGAUUUAAUUAUAUGUUUCGUAAUGAUUUUACCCUUUUUGAGCUGGCUCAAUACAACUGAUUAUUGAUAUUUUUAAUUGCGAUUUAACCCCAAAGUCACGAAUGUUUUUAGUUAGUGUUCUUACAGAUGAUAUAAAGCUUGGUUUGAGA